UGCAAAGAAUUCUGGGAUGUCUGGCAGUGACAUGGAUGGAAGGACCCACAUUUCAUCUCUACUUACUGUCCUUUUGUCCAGAAAUCGAGUCAUGCAAAUGAGCUACUUGAAAAGUAAAGAAAAAGGAUAUGGAAAACUAAGCAGUGAUGAAGACCUCGAGAUAAUUGUUGAUCAAAAGCAGGGAAAAGGCUCUAGGGCGGCAGAUAAGGCUGUUGCCAUGGUGAUGAAGGAGAUACCGAGGGAGGAGUCUGCUGAAGAAAAGCCCCUCCUUACUAUGACAUCACAGCUGGUGAAUGAACAGCAAGAAAGCAGACCCCUCCUGAGUCCCUCCAUCGAUGACUUUCUCUGUGAAACCAAAUCGGAGGCAAUAGCAAGGCCAGUAACGUCCAACACAGCUGUGUUGACCACAGGCUUGGACCUCCUCGACCUGAGUGAACCCGUCUCGCAAACCCAAACCAAAGCCAAAAAGCUGGAGGCCUCAUCGAAAACCGCAUCCCUCAAGAAGAAGGCUGAUGGAGCUGAUCUCAUCGGUGCGGAGGCUGAACAGAGAGGCCAGCAGCCUCUUCGAGGCCCGGAAACGGCAUCCUUAGAUUUAGACAUUCAAACACAACUGGAAAAAUGGGAUGAUGUUAAGUUUCAUGGAGAUCGCAGUAGCAAGGGUCAUCCAAUGGCAGAGAGAAAAUCAUGCUCUUCUAGAACUGGAUCGAAAGAACUCUUAUGGUCCGCCGAGCACAGAUCCCAGCCUGAACUGAGUGCUGGGAAAAGCGCUCGACUGACCAAAGAACAGCGAUGGGGAAGUGCAUUACUCUCCAGAAACCACUCCUUAGAAGAGGAAUUUGAAAGGGCAAAAGCAGCAGUGGAGUCAGAUACAGAGUUUUGGGAUAAGAUGCAAGCAGAAUGGGAAGAAAUGGCCCGGAGGAACUGGAUAUCCGAGAACCAAGAAGCCCAGAACCAAGUUACAAUUUCAGCUAGCGAGAAGGGCUAUUACUUCCACACCGAAAACCCCUUCAAGGACUGGCCGGGGGCAUUUGAAGAGGGCUUAAAGAGGCUGAAGGAAGGGGACCUCCCAGUCACCAUCCUGUUCAUGGAGGCCGCGAUUCUUCAGGACCCGGGAGAUGCAGAGGCAUGGCAGUUCCUCGGGAUAACUCAGGCAGAGAAUGAAAACGAGCAAGCAGCUAUUGUCGCCCUCCAGAGGUGCUUAGAAUUGCAGCCCAACAACUUGAAAGCUUUGAUGGCUUUGGCCGUGAGUUACACGAACACGGGCCAUCAGCAGGAUGCCUGUGAUGCGCUGAAGAAUUGGAUUAAGCAAAACCCAAAGUACAAAUACCUUGUGAAGAGCAAGAAGGGAUCGCCAGGCCUCGCCCGGAGGAUGUCUAAGUCUCCGGUGGAUAGCUCUGUUCUGGAAGGCGUGAAGGAAUUAUAUCUGGAAGCUGCCCACCAAAAUGGAGAUACGAUCGACCCAGACCUGCAGACAGGUCUAGGGGUGCUGUUCCACCUGAGCGGAGAAUUUAAUAGAGCAAUAGAUGCAUUUAACGCCGCCUUAACUGUUCGGCCAGAGGACUAUUCGUUAUGGAACCGUCUGGGGGCGACCUUGGCGAAUGGAGACCGCAGCGAGGAAGCCGUGGAGGCCUACACGCGGGCGCUGGAGAUCCAGCCCGGCUUCAUCCGCUCCAGAUACAACCUGGGCAUCAGCUGCAUCAACCUGGGCGCCUACAGAGAAGCGGUUAGCAAUUUUCUCACUGCCCUCAGUCUGCAGAGGAAAAGCCGGAAUCAACAGCAAGUUCCUCAUCCUGCCAUCUCCGGGAACAUCUGGGCUGCCCUCAGAAUCGCACUGUCUCUGAUGGACCAGCCAGAACUCUUCCAGGCGGCCAAUCUCGGUGACCUGGAUGUCCUCCUAAGAGCUUUCAAUUUGGAUCCUUGAAAGAAAAGAAAAAAUAAUAAUCCCUGUCCAUAUGUGUAUUCAGAAAUGCAAACCUAUUUUAUUAUGGAUUCCAAAAUGGUGACACCGGAUGUUCAAAAGGCCAUGGUGAUAGAGCCUGAGGGAAUUCCUACAGACAAUGCCCAGUCUCUGUUCAGAUCCCAAAGCACAAAAUGUUAUAUAGAGUCAAGGUCGGGCUCGAAAGAAGAAGCGAGAGGCUCAAGACUAACCAAGAUGAAGUAACUAUGUGAAUACUCUCUCCGCAAGCUGCAAGCCUGUCGCAAAACAUCGUCUUUGGGUUUUCGUCCCCACUUGCGGCUGAUGACACAUCUAAGGAACUUGAUCGUGACACACCUGGAGAAAGCACUGCCUCUGAUCAGGGAAUUCUGACUAUUUCUGAACUGUCCCCUAAAAUUCCCCCUUUUAGAAGAUUGAACGUAGUUUGGGCCGAGGUGCAUGCACAAAUAUUAACUCGACUAAAAAGAGGCAUUGCUUAAACCCGUUCCAAUUUUAACUUUUACUGUAGCUUUUUGAUUCCAGAGAAGGAGCUUUGCUGGCAAAAGCAGUUUUUGCACUAGAAAUUUUUGCUGUUCCCAAUCAAAACUUUUCUGGGACUGUAUAUAUGCACUUUAAUAUCUCAUUUAUGCCUUGCUGGAGUUUUGUUUUGUUGCUCCAAUUUUUAACGUGGGGAAGGGGGGCGGGGGUAAAGAUUUGGGAGCUCAGCCUUGUUAGCUCAAUGGACCAAAUAAAAAUUCCUGAAAAUA